GGCGGCUGGAGACCGCCUCUCUGCGCGGUCCCUCUACCUGCUGGGGGCGGGGAGGAAGAAAGGCGGGCACCAAGCGAUAGGGUGAGUCACUCCUCUCCCUAGGGUUAGGAGAGGGACUUCUCUCUCCCUUCCCAGGGUCUGCGCAUUGGCUCCAGGCUCCGGGCUCCAGUUCCGCGACUCCCUCGGCUACUCUCCCGGGCGGCGCGACUCCUGCCUCCCUUCUGAGGCUGCUCCAGUCGCCUUUCUAUAUAGGUGAGGACUAGACAGAAAGUUGGAUUUUUAAAAACGCGUCAGAGAAUAUCAAAUCUGUGCUUAGACUCCCAGCCAAACCAAACUCUGGAGCCAUAUUCUUAAUCUCCCGGGUACCUUCAAACGUCCUGAUGCGAUGUUUCUGGGACAAGUAGGUGAACUGUCUGAGCUCCACGAGUCAUACACUUCACUGCAUUUGAUGAAGUCAGAGAGGCCUGAAUUUCCAAGGAAAAGUCCCUAAGCACAAGGCAUCUGUGUAUAAGUGUUUUCUACAUUCUUGGGCCCAGAGGAAUUGGUUCCUGUUCUGAAGCUUUUGGAGAGGUCAAGGUUCAGCAACAUUAGUGAGUCUUAGCUGCUGACUGGGUAUCAUAGCAAAGGCUUUCAAGACUUGUUUUUUCAGUGCAAACAAUGACUUUCAUGGACUGUAAUCUCAGUAGCACAUGUUUUCUCUGUAACGUGAAGGAAUACCCAGCACUCAUCAGCAAAUCUGUGGAGACCUUAUAAAACCCCUUGUACCUGAACAGCUGUGAUUCCAGGGGGCCAGGGAGCUAACUUAACAAUAGUAAAUAUCCAUUUGCCUUCUGGAAGAUUCAACUGCUGCCACACAGAGCUGCUGCUGCAAUACCAUGUCUAAGAACUCAGAGUUCAUCAAUCUGUCAUUUUUAUUAGAUCAUGAGAAGGAAAUGAUCCUGGGAGUCCUAAAGAGAGAUGAAUAUUUGAAAAAAGUGGAAGACAAGAGAAUAAGGAAACUGAAAAAUGAACUUUUAGAAGCAAAGCGUAGAAGUGGGAAGACUCAUCAAGAGACCAGCAGAGUCUGUGUUCACUGUCAGAAAAACCUUGGCCUCAUCUUUGACCGGGGAGAUCCAUGCCAAGCCUGCUCAUUCAGGGUGUGCAGUGAGUGUCGAGUCACUGGCCUUGAUGGCAGCUGGAAGUGCACUGUCUGUGCCAAAGUCGCGCAGCUGAGGAUUAUAAGUGGAGAAUGGUUUUUUGAAGAGAAGGCAAAGCGUUUCAAGCAAGUCAAUGUUCUGGGCACUGAUGUUGUUCGACAGUCCAUCUUAAGAAGAAGUCCAGAAAUACAAAGCCAAGAGCAAGCCCACCAAGAUGUAGACAAGUCAGAUACUUCAUCUUCUAUCAGGCAGAAAGCCACUCAUGAUGGACCUAGGAGGAAGGGAUUUCUUCUGAGCAAGUUCAGAUCAGCAACCAGAGGAGAAAUCAGAACUCCAAAACCUGAAAGUGGGAGGAGCUAUAGCCUGGAUUUAGAUAGUCAAACUCUUCAGAGUUUCAAGUCAGCCCCUGGUUCAGACAGGAGAAGUAUGGCAUCAUCAGACCUCAUUGACCAGGAGGCAGGACGAGGAACGCUGAAAAGUAGCUACAACAGUGGUGGAAUCCCAGUCACUCAGAGGUCACCAGCCCCAAGUGCUCGUAGUGUGAGCUCCAUCAGCAGUAGAGAACAUGGUUUUGAAAAUUCCAUGGCUUCGGCUGCCAGUGAAAGCGCCUCUGAGGAGCUCAUGAAGAGUCACCGCAGAAACACAUCUGUUACACCCUCCAUAGCAGUGUCUGGUGCCUCCCUUUCCUCAGACCGGAGUCAAUCUGAGUUAGAUUUGAGUGAGUCACUUACAGAAGACUUAGAGGACACUUCAAGCAUAAGAAGCAGAUCUGUCCCUGGGGCAUUAGACAAAGAUUUGAACUCCUUAGAAGAGGCUGAAGAUGGUGCUGAUGACUUAGUGUCCUCUGGGUUUUCUGCAAACCCCCACAGUCUGGCAACUGGUCUGUCAACGAACUCCCAAGCAGGAUCUGAUAGGAAGAGGAGCUACCUAAAUGUGCCUGAUGCUGAUUCAGACACCACCAGCCUUAACAGCAUGAUGAGUGUUUACAGUGAGACAGGAGACUAUGGCAACGUGAAGGUCACUGGUGAAAUUCUUCUCCACAUCAGCUACUGCUACAAAACUGGUAGCCUCUACAUUGUUGUCAAGAACUGCAGAAACUUGGCCAUAGGAGAUGAAAAGAAACAGAGGACAGAUGCUUAUGUCAAGUCAUACCUUCUUCCAGACAAGUCCCGAAACAAUAAGCGCAAGACCAAAAUCAGGACAGGUACCAAUCCAGAAUUCAACGAAACACUAAAGUAUACCAUCAGCCACACCCAGCUGGAAACAAGGACUCUGCAGCUCUCAGUCUGGCACUAUGAUCGCUUUGGACACAACAGUUUCCUUGGAGAAGUGGAGAUUGCUUUCGACUCAUGGAACUUUGAAAAUCCAUGUGAUGAGUGGUUUGUGCUUCAGCCCAAGGUGGAGUUGGCUCCUUAUAUAGGCCUUCAAUACAAAGGAGAGCUAACAGUUGUUUUACGCUACAUUCCUCCAGAGAAGAACCCUAUAUUCCCAGUAGGACAACCUCAAGGAAAGAAGACCUUUAAAAAGGGAAAGAAAAAAGAGUCACCUGUCAUCUCUGGUGGAAUACUUGAAGUGUUCAUCAAAGAUGCAAAGAAUCUGACAGCAGUGAAAUCGGGAGGCACUUCUGACAGCUUCGUGAAGGGCUACCUGCUUCCUGAUGAUAACAAAGCCACCAAGCAUAAAACUGCAAUUGUAAAAAAGAGUGUUAAUCCUCAGUGGAAUCACACAUUCAUAUUCAGUGGCCUAUAUCCUCAAGAUAUAAAGGAUGUUUGCCUAGAACUCACCAUCUGGGACAAGGAGGCCUUUUCCAGCAACAUCUUUCUAGGAGGUGUCCGGUUAAAUUCUGGAAGUGGUUUCAGCCAUGGUAAGAGUGUAGACUGGAUGGACUCUCGUGGGGAAGAACAACGCCUUUGGCAAAAGAUGGUUGACAACCCUGGAACAUCUGUAGAGGGAAUUCUCAUGCUGCGUUCAAGCAUGGCGAAAUGUAGGCUCUGAAGGGACCAAUUCUCCAAGAGCUGCAUCUCUACUUGCCUGCUGUUUUCUCUCAGCAAAGGACUGGGACCUUGAACUCUGUUGCCCUGUCAUGUCUCACCAAAGGGUGUUAGGAUAGGAGAUGAGCCAUGUCAGUGUCAUGAACAUUUAGGAUCUUGCUGAUUGUCUAAAAACCAUAUCCUUCUAUAUGUUCACCUACUUGGGCUUCCCUGAGUAGAUGAUAGGAAGUGUACCACACUAUUUUGCCAACAAGCCAACUGUGCAAUUGCUCAUAGACUUCAGAGUGACAGAAAUGACACAAGCUUAUUGGAAAAUAGUAUUGAGAUUAGGGGGCCUCAACCCUUUUCCAACCAAGUUACUUAAGGUUUCCUCAGUCUGAGAAGAGAAGGGAACACUAAGAAGUAGAUUGCUUGAUGAAUAACAAAGAGAGAUACUGGCUACUUUGCUUAUCCUGGGACUGCCUGUGAUGUAAAGAAGGCAUGCUGGGAAUGGUUUGAGAGAAGGGGUAGAAUCCAUUGGUAGUGGCGAACUUCAGGAUGGAGGUGGUAAUGUUUUAUGAUGUCCUGGUGGAGUUCUGGUAAGUGCAGAAUUCAUCCUCUAAUUCAGCCUCAUUUUGAAAGUGAAGAGAGCUAAAUGAUUACACAUGAUUACACACACACACACACACACACGCA